UGAACCUCUGUAGUUUGAUAACAAGGUUCAAGUUUAGGCUUAAAAAGGAAAAAAAUCCAAAUUGCCAAUUAGAAGUCAAACAAACAGAGCCGCCCCGAAAAUUCAGUCCCCGCCAUGGAAGAGGUUGAGCCACCGGAGUGCCCGGUAUGUCUGCAGCCUUACGACGCCGUAGCAUCCAUCCCCCGCGUCCUCACCUGCGGCCACACCACCUGCGAGGCCUGCCUCAAGCAGCUUCUCCGUCCAUUCCCCAACACUCUCCGCUGCACAGUCUGCACUAUCCUUGUGAAAAUCCCUAAUUCCCUUUCCGCCCUACCCAAAAACCUAGACCUCCUCCAUUUCUCCUCAACCUUCCAGCUCCGCGGCCCGGCCAAGGACGAAAAAACCAAUUCACCAUCGUCACCGCUCGGAAAUGGGAAAAUCCGGUCGGUUCUGUUUCCGUCGAAUGCGAAAUCGUGGCCGUACGAGUUCUUCUGUAAAUGGAAAAGGUGGGUUGUACCUAAAGAGUGUAUCUCGAUUGAGAAAAGAGAAGUAUUGAAGUCUUUUGAGAGUGAUCGCGUGAUGGGUUUUGUUUUGAGGGAGAAAGAAAAUGUGGGUCUUGUUAAAGUUGGGAUUUUUGUGAAUGACGAAGAAGAUUCAAAGCUUUUCAGACCUAGCUACGAGUCAGUAAUUAUGACUGUUAUGUAUGGAAUGGAGGAAGAUGACAGACACGAUUUGAGUAUUAUGUUAAAUGCUGCAUAUAACACGAGCCAUGUAGGGAAAGCAUAUGGUUUUUGGCUGAACGAGGAUGAUAACAGUGUUUAUAUGGUUUGGCAGAAAUUUACUUCAUCUAACUUGACGAAAUUUGUUCUGACAGAAAAGGAUGAUGAAGAGGAAAGGCUGAGUAGGGACGAAAUAAGUGGCUUGUGUAUGCUUGGUAUGGAGAUAUGUGAAAUCAUUAGUCGCGUGCAUUCUGAGGGAUUGGUUAUUGGCUGCUUGAGUGUGAGUUCUUUUGGUUUUGAUGAUUUUGGUCAUGUUUGUAUAGACUUAAGCGAGGUUCUAAAUUCAAGUAUUAGAGUACGUACGACACUGAAAAGGGCUUCUAAAGAUUUGCAAGUCAAUUUGAAGAGUAGUUUAUUAGAUGAAAAUGGUGUGUUUAUCAGUCCUGAGAUGCUUCUGCUGUUUAUUGACAAGGCAGGAUUUGGGUUAGUCUCGGAAAAUUCGCGAUAUGUAGUUGGGUAUGCUUCCGAUGUUUGGUCAGUAGCCUCUUUACUGGCUUGGCUAAUUGUUGGAAGCUCUUUUGUAGAAGAGAUGGAAAUUUUCUUGCAAUAUGUUGUUAAUGCUAUAAAAGAUGAAAAAUGCUGUGAUUAUUCUAGUUUGUACAUUAGUUGGAUGGAGAAAAUUGCAGAACUUUUAAAACAUCGAUUGGGCUCGUGUUGUGAUUCCCUAUGUGAGAUGUUGUGCAAAUGUCUGGAGUUUGACCCUGAAAAUCGCCUGGAUGUUACAGAACUCUGGAAAUGCCUUCGAGAGUUGAUUGUUAAACCACAAUUUGAUAUUGGCCCUGGCUUAAGACAGAACGUAAAGAAGGAAAACCCAAUAAAUCGUAUAUUACUGGGAGAGAUGUGUGACAUAGUCAAGGAAAUUGACAAAGAGUUGAAACAUUUUAUGAAGGUAAAUGAUGAGAAUGAUGAAGCUGAUGCAGAAUUAAGGGUGGACAGGGACAUUGUUGAGGGUUUUUCAAGUGGUCAUUUCAAAUGUAUUGAGAUGAGAGGUCAUCUUGAUUGUGUUACAAGUUUAGCUGUUGGAGAACAACCAUUGUGCAUUAGUGGUGAUAAUGAAGGCAUUAUAUGCAUUUGGAAAGCCGAUUUUCCCUUUUCUGAAUCGCCUAUGAAAAAGAUCUUUGAGAAAAAAGAUUGGCGCUUUAGUGGCAUUCAUGCAAUGGCCGUUUAUGUUUCGAACGGUGUUCUCUUUAGUGGAAGCUGGGAUGGGACUGUCCGGUUAUGGUCUCUAAUCGAUCAUAGCCCGCUAACUGUGUUGGGAGAGGGCAAAUUCGGAAAUGUAGGUUCGGUUUUGUCUCUUUCUGCCGAUCGCGAUAUGUUGUUCGUAGGUCAUGAGAAUGGUAGUGUUAAGAUAUGGCACAAUGAUGUUCUUCUCAAGUCCACACAGACUCACAAAGGUGCUGUUUUCUCGGUUGGGAAAAACGGGAAAUGGCUAUUUAGUGGUGGGUGGGAUAAAAGCAUCAAUGUACAGGAAAUAUCCGAAGAUGUAAGUGGAGUGGAUGUCAUAGCUGUUGGAUCUAUCCCUUGUAAUUCGACUAUAACAUCGCUCGUUUAUUGCAACGGGAAGCUAUUUGUCGCGCAAGCUGAUAGUGUCAUUAAGGUAUGAGUACACAAUUUGCUGAAUUAAUCGUUUGUUCCUUCCAUGAGAUCACUGUGGCGAAAUUUUUUGAUCAUUUGUUGCUUUUCAUUAAGGAAAAAAAAAAAAAUGUUUCACAAGAUCAUGAAAAAUGUAGGGAAAAUCUUUACUAUUAUUUUCAUUUUUAUAUCGUUUUUUUUGGGGGGGGUUUCAAAUAUGUAAUAUGGGUUUUUAAUUUUUAUGCAUUGGAAAACAGGAAGACAAGAACAUCAUAUAGGUUUUAGGAUGAGAUUGAUGCUAGUGGAUUUGUAUGGAAAUGUAAGGGAUGCUUAUGAUAAAAAUAUUUGUACUUAUCAAAUUUAUGCAGAU